AUGAAGAGCAAACAACCGAGUGCUUCUUCCAAACAGCCUCUCAGAACGGCAGCAUGGAAGUGGAACCAGGUCAUUGCAGGCUCAGGGCUGGACAUCGGCUUCACUCUGAUCUCCCCGCACGGGUACAGACUGGUCUCUGACUUCAGAAAAUCAGACGGCAUAAGCUUCACAUCCCAUAAUGCACAUUGGGUUGACCACACUGAGGAGGGCGACUACAAGAUUUGCUUUGACAACAGCUUUAACCAUACUUCAGAGAAGAUGGUGUAUGUGAAGGUGAUCGUGGAUGGACCAGAGGAGGAGGAGGAUGAUGAAGACUGGGCUGCCGUGGCUGAACCAGAGGACUCGCUGGAGUACAAACUGGAGGAUAUCGGACUCAACGGACGCUGUGCACAAGAACCUGGAGCGAAGCUGGCAGCUGCAGACGAUGCUGCGGGUGUUCGAGGCUCGUGACCGUUACCUGCUGGAGGAUAACCUGUGGCGGGUUUCUUUCUGGUACAGCGUCAGUCUGCUGGUCAUGGUCAGCGUGGCCCUCACCCAGUUCUACACUUUACGCAGAUUAUUCAGUAAUUUAAACACAGAGUUCGCACAUAGCAGAGAUGAACUGGAGAGAAGAUGCUAUAACACUUUGUGCACAAAACAUACAAACUUAAUAGAUUCUGGAAAUUAAUACAUACAGAAACUCCCAGGUCCACAAAAUAUCUCUCUAGUUAAUGUCAGAAUUGAAGUGUUUAGAGCUGUCAAUGAAUCUGAAAUCUUGGAGCUUGACCGUGUACCAUUUCUCACAUUUAAUGAAAAAAGCAUUUUCUUUAGAGCGCUAACACUGCUGAACACUAAAUAUACUUGAAGUACUUUAGGAACAUUUGAAUGUAAUUUUGUACUCGACUUUUAAAAUACUGUGAUUUAAAAUAAUUUAUGAGUUUUUUUUUAAAUAAAUAACAAUAAGAUUAACAUUUCUUAUGGAUUUAUAUGGCAGUAAAAUAAAAAUCCAAGGGUCUGUUUUGCUUUGAAUGGUUUUAUUAUACAGCACAUUAGCAUCUCAUUUGGAACAAAUGUAGCUCAGUCGUAUGUGGCAUAGCAAGUGCAAAUGCAAAAUGAAUUUAAAAACUCAUCUGGGUUAUUUAUGUUACAUUUGUAAGUCAGUUGCUGACUGCAUUGAACUGAGUUAUUACUGUAUUGUGGGAAUCAGAAAUCACAUUGCUUUAUAACAAUACUUUCAAAAUUGUUGCCAUUCAUCUCUUUGUUUCUACAAGUUAAUCUGUAGGAUAAUUCAUUUUCGGUAUUUCUUAUAUUCUUCCAUCACCAUGUAACAAUAUACAAGUAUCUUCAUUAAACAAGAAGCCUAGUAAAAAUUCUGUACAACCUUAUUCAUUACAAACUACCUAUAAAUAUGAGUCCCUAGAGUUCAUGAAAUAAUUCACAGGCAUGAUGCUUAGCUAAUGACAUCAUUUAUUCAGUAGAAGUUUUGUACUUCGGUCAUCGCUUGUAAACCAACUUAUGGCAAGUUGGGUCAUAUGUGCCUUGUCAGCCAAUCAUAUUCUGGUCUUGAUCUAGCAGUAGCCUAGCCACCCACUCCCAUAAAGCAUAGCAGAUUACGUUUAUUCCUUUGGAUGCAUUCAACUUUGCUCUUUAUCCCCUUCCCUUUCUAACUUCCCUUCAUCUUGUCGACUCAGAUACAUGUCAUUGUUUGCGAGAGUGCUUGCUACAGUUGGAAACUUUGCAAUUGGUUGAAUUGGACCCUCCGAAGCUGUUGAUCAUUUGAAUGUCUGAGAAUCAAUACA